AUGUACCCGACUUCACUUGCCAUCGGAACCGGGUUAUUAUCCGGAAUACUUGCCCACGUUCUAAUAUUUCGAAAGGGGGAAUGGGAUCUCUUUACCAUCAAGAUACUGCAAGGACUCCUCAUGGUCCUUGGUCUCCUGGCACUGAGCUUCAAGAGGCUGGGAUCUACAGAGGCUGGGACACCGUACAGCUUCUUGGAGUCCGUCAUAGCAUCCAUGUACAUGGUGUCGUUUCUCAUUUCAGGGACCUUUUGCAGCAUUUUCAUUUACCGCAUCAGCUUCUUCCACCGCUUGUACAAGUUCCCAGGUCCUUUCAUGGCCAGAGUCUCCAACUUGUAUCUCACCAAGCGUUCCGUUGCUAGCUUUCAGCUUUACAGAGAGAUUCAAGACCUUCAUAGAAGAUAUGGUGAUAUUGUGCGUGUCGGACCCUCAGAACUAUCCAUCCUCGAUGCUAAGGUCUUCCAUGCAAUACACUCCAACAAUUCGCUUUGCAACAAGGGACUUUGGUAUAACAUCGAACAGCCGGCCAUCUCUCUUCAUAUGUCACGAGACAAGAACGAUCAUUCUGGUAGGCGACGAGCCUGGGACAGGGCGUUUAGCUCAAAGGCUCUCCGUGAUUAUGAGCCCCGAGUGGUGAAAUAUACCAGUCAGCUACUCGAUCGACUUGACCAGAGCCAAGACAUUCCUAUUGACAUUGCAAAGUGGUUCAAGUUUUACAGCUUCGAUACCAUGGGUGACCUGGCUUUUGGUCAGAGCUUCAACAUGCUUACAGACGGCGCCAAGCAUCCAUUCAUGGCACUGGUUGAGUCGCAUAUGGUGAUGGCCGGGACCUUCAGCCAACUGAUCUGGAUGUUUCCCCUGUUCAGGGUGAUGCCGUUCCUUGGUAGGGAAGAUGCUAUCUUCCAGAAAUGGCUUGAGACUCAAGUUCGGUAUCAAGAAAAGAACAAACCGGACCUUCCGAAUAUCUUCUCGUGGCUCCUUGAGGAUUAUAAAUCCCAGCUGUAUCCCAAAGAGCAAAAUUGGCUAAACUUACAAGCUAAUAUGCAGCUUAUAGCCGUUGCUGGAAGUGACACCACUUCUGCAACACUUACUUGUCUGUUCUUCUUAUUAGCUACCAACAAAAAUGUAUUCUUUCGGCUUCAAGAGGAGAUCGACGACUUGUUUUCCAGCUCUUCAGAACCAAAUCACUCGAGCUUUUCCAACUUGACAUACCUUCAAGCUUGUAUUGAUGAGACACUUCGACUCUUUCCUCCAGUUCCAUCUGGAUUGCAGCGUAUGACACCCGCAGAAGGGCUGCAAGUCGGUGACACAUUCAUUCCUGGAGAUACUGUUGUGACUGUUCCAUCAUACACACUAUAUAGAGAUGAACGGUACUUCACCGCUCCGGAUGAUUUCGUCCCAGAGCGCUAG